AUGAUGAACGACAGAUGGACCAUCAUGAACAACAGCAGCUCGGAACUCGGCAACAAACAACAAGAAAAACACAAGAGAUGCUGCAGCUUCGUGUUCUGGUUCUUCACCACGUUGGUUGUUACUGUAGUUGUCGUCACGGCAACCGUCAUCAUCCUGUUCCUGAACCAGUAUCCUCCCUUCAUCAGGGGCCGAGUCUCCUCCUCCUCCUCCUCCUCCUCCUCCUCCUCCUCCUCCUCCUCCUCCCCUGUGGUCUCGACCAAUCCCAGGGAGUCUGGCGCCCUGGUGUCGGUGUCCCGGGUCACAGACGGGGAGCCAAUCAGCAUCUUACUUGACCCCAACUGCCCCGACUACAGCGAGAGCUUCCGGCGCUGGGAGGCGCUGCAGACCUCGCUGCUGCGAGCGCUGGCCAAUCACAACGCAGAGGAAUGGCAGGACAUGAGAUUGGACAGCAGGCUGGGGGAGGAGCUGAAGGUGUUGGCGGGCCACGCCCACAACCUGAGGCUGCAAGCUGAUUCGCUGAAAAGAGGUCAAGGUGUUCUGGACCAGCGUCUGGACGGAAUGCAGAGCGAGCAGAGCCGGAUCUCACAGGUGUUCUCUGACAGCCAAUCAGGUGUGUCGAAGCUGGUUGCCGGGUUCAGUGAUUAUCUGCUGAGCCUGCAGAGGGAGACAGAGAGUCUGAAGAGACUCAACAGUGACCUGCAAAAGGACCACAGAGCUGUCAGACCCAGAGACUGCUCUGAUGUCCUGGCAUCCGGUGUUCCUCAGGAUGGAGUUUAUUCUGUGUUUCCGACCCACGAUCCUGACGGCUUCAUGGUUUACUGCGACAUGAGCACUGAUGGAGGAGGCUGGACGGUGAUUCAGAGGAGAGAGGACGGCUCAGUGAACUUUUUCAGAGACUGGCAGGCGUACAGAGAUGGGUUUGGAAAAACUACAGGGGAACACUGGCUAGGUCUCCAGAGGAUGUCCUCCCUCACCAGAUCCGGUGGGUAUGAGUUACGGAUCGAUUUGGCUGACUUUGACAACGCCACAGCGUUUGCUCUCUACAGGGAUUUCUCAUCUGUGAAUCCUGAGGCGGACGGGUACCCGCUGGACGUGGACCAGUACUCACGGACCGCUGGGGACACUCUCUUGAAGAACUCUGGGAUGCAGUUCACCACCAAAGACCGGGACCAAGACCAGUCAGAGAACAACUGUGCCGCUUAUUACCAGGGUGCUUGGUGGUACCGUAACUGCCACACCUCUAACCUAAACGGGCAAUACCUGAGCGGAGGCCACGCCUCCUAUGCUGACGGUGUAGAGUGGUCCAUCUGGACGGGCUGGCAGUACUCGCUCAGGUUCACUGAGAUGAAGAUACGACCUAGUACUAAACCGGACUCAUGA